AUGGACCGCCUUUUUUCCUCCUCCACUCGCCUCAAGGACCUGGUCCGCUCGGUCCGCUCCUCCAAGACCGCCGCCGAGGAGCGCGCCGUGAUCGCCAAGGAGUCCGCCCUCAUUCGUACUCAGUUCAAGGAGGACAACGCUGACUACCGCCACCGCAAUGUGGCCAAGCUCCUCUACAUCCACAUGCUGGGCUACCCCGCCCAGUGGGGCCAGAUUGAGUGCGUCAAGCUGCUGGCAUCCCCGCGCUUUGCCGACAAGCGCCUCGGCUACCUCGGCAUUACUCUGCUCCUGGAUGAGAGCCAGGAGGUCCUGACUCUGGCCAUCAACUCGAUGAAGAACGACCUGAAUAGCUCCAAUGUCUACAUCAAUGGUCUGGCCUUGGCCGCCGUGGCCAGCAUCACCUCCACCGAGAUGGCCCACGAUCUGGCCACCGAUGUUGAGCGCCUGAUGGGCAGCUCCAGUGGCUACAUCCGCAAGAAGGCCAACCUGUGCGCUGUGCGCCUGGUGUCCCGCGCCCCCUCCACCCUGGCCGAGGGCUUCACCGCCAAGGCCAUCCGCUAUGUCCUCAACGAGAAGCACCACGGCGCCCUGCUCGCGGGCAUCACCCUCAUCCAUGAGCUCUGCAUGAUCAGCCCCGAGUCGCUUGCCGUCUUCCGCAGUCAUACCGCCCACAUCAUUCGCAUUCUCAAUGCCCUGAUCACCGGCCCCCCUUCGCAUGAGCACGACAUGGAUGGCGUCGCCGAUCCCUUCCUGCAGAUCCGCAUCCUCCGCCUGCUCCGCCUCCUUGGCGCUGGCCAUCCCCAGUCCUCCGACCUGAUGGGCGACAUCCUGGCUCAGGUGCGCGCUUGUCGCCAUACUGCACCACGACCCUCCCCCCCCCCCUGCAUGGUGAUCGAUCCCACCGUUCGCACCAUCAUGGCCAUCGAGGCCGAACCGAGCCUCCGCGUGAUGGCCAUCAACAUCAUCGGUCGCUUCCUGGCCAACAGCAAGGAUAACAGCACCCGCUACAUCUCCCUCAAUACCCUCCUUCAGACCAUCCAGCGUGACCCGGCCGCCGUCCAGCGCCAUCGCAAGACCGUCGUCGAGUGUCUGCACGACUCGGACGUGUCCAUCCGUCGCCGCGCCCUGGAUCUCACCUUCGCCCUGAUGAACUCCUCCAAUGUCCGGCCGCUGGUGCGUGAGCUGCUCCUCUUCCUGGAGCGCGCCGAGCCCGCCCUCAAGCCGCAUGUCAUCACCGAGCUGGCCGCCGUGUCGGCCCGCUACGCCCCGAACCGCCGCUGGCACCUCGACACCCUGAUCCGCGUCAUCCGCCUGGCCGGCAACUACGUCCGUGAUGACAUCCUCGGCGAGAUUAUCACCCUCAUCCAGCAGUCGCCCGAUCUCCAGCCGUACGCCGUGCUCAAGCUGUAUACCGCCCUCCGGGAGAACGCCAGCCAGGCGGCUUUGGUCCUCACCGCCGUGUGGUCCAUCGGCGAGUAUGGCGCCGUUCUGGUCCAUGGGAGUCCCUCCUUCACUUCGGCCGCCCUCUUCGAUGACGAGCAGUCCCUCGAUGACGGGGCCCCGGCCGCCACCGAGGAGGCCCGCCGCCAGCAGGCCAUCUCCGAGCAGGAGGUUCUCGACCUGCUGGAGGAGAUCCUCCGCUUCCCGGCGGUCCCGGCCCUGCCCGCGCGCCAGACCAUCCGCGCCUAUGUCCUCAACACCCUGCUCAAGCUGUCGGCCCGCUUCUCCGAUGACCAGGCCGUGCAGACCCGCAUCGCCAGCAUGCUGGACACCUUCCGCUGCAGCCCGAAUGCCGAGCUUCAGCAGCGCGCUUGCGAAUACUCGGCCCUCUUCACCGGCGAUGCCAGCAUGAAGGCCCUUCGCCGGGAGCUGGCCGAGCCGAUGCCCACCCCCGAGGUCCAGAGCGCGCAGCCCCGGUCGCCAGAUGCCUCGGGGAUUGUCGACGCGGCUCCGGCCGUCGGUGGUGCUGCUGCAGGCGGUGCCACCUCCGCGGGUGGCCUCCUGGUCGACCUUCUUGGCUUGGACGAGCCGAUCGGGGUUUCGUCCACCCCGGCCACCGGCUCCUCCGGUGUGGCUGCGCUGGAUCUCCUGUCGGAGCUGAGCCUCGGCACCUCGACCGCCGCUGCCCCGGCAACCGGUGCCCCGGCGGCCACCUCUCUCGAUGCCCUUCUGGGGCUUUCCACUCCGGCCACCGCCGCCCCGGCCGCCCAGCCGUCGUCCCCCGGCGGCGGUGCCAUUGCCCCGACCGUCCAGGCCGGCGACAUGACCAUCGAGCCGCACUACAUGGUCGAUGCCACCGACAACCGUAUUCUCAACAUUCGGCUCAUGCUCCGGAACACGUCGGCCGGCGGCCUGUCCGAUCUGAAGGUCCUGGCUGCGCCGUAUCGCUCGCAGAAGGUCCAGAUGCGCCCGCUGUCCUCCACCCAGCUGGCCCCGGGCGAGGUGUCCCCCCUGCUGCUGCGUGUCUUCUGCCCGAUCGGCGAGAGCCCCCGCCUGCGCCUGCGCAUCCAGUACAACGAUGCUUCCAUGACCGCGCGCGAUGUCAUCUCGGAUCUGGACAAGUUCCCUGUCAUGCACUGA